AAAACAAAACGUAUAAAUAAAAUUCAACGCCCCAAUCCGUUCAAUUAGAAAAAUGGAGCAACAGCUAUGGCGGGAAACAGAGGAGAAGCUGACCACCCCCACCACCACCGUCUCCGGCGGCGAGAGAACCAGUGAUUCGCUCUCUCUCCAAACACUAUCAUCCAUUCAUUCACUCAUCAUCAACCCUUCAACGUCACACCUCACCAUCUCCUCCAUCCUCAAAACCCUAACCUACAUCCUCUCCCUCCCUCACAACCACCGUCACCACCACCACAUUUUCACUCUGCUCUCCUCUCUCUCCCUCCACCACCCUACCUUUUCUGCCUCUCUCUCCGCCCCACUUACCUCACUUGCCACCUCCCUCCUCUCCGACCCAUCCUCCUCCGCUCGCCUUGCAGCCGCCGCACUCUCUCUCCUCAUCUCAAUCUCCGCCGUUGAUUCCCUUGACGAAGGGCUGCUAAUAUCUCUUUGCUUCCGUCCUUGUAUUUCGGUUAGGGUGUGGUUUCUGAACAAUGCUUUGAAGUUUCCAAUUCGUCCCAAUUUGUUGUUGCCGGUGAUGCUAGGGUUUACCCAGGACCCUUACCCCUGUGUUCGUAAAGCUGCAUUGGAGGGCUUGGUCUCUGUUUGUGAUUCUGGGAUUGUGGUUGAGGAUUCCGCCAUCGUUGAGGGGUGCUAUGCUCGCGGUAUUAAGCUUCUUCUUGAUCAACAUGAUUAUGUUCGCUUGGCUGCUCUUCGUGUGGUGAGUGAAUGGGGGUGCAUGCUUGCUGCAUCUAAGAAAGAAGAAGAAGAAAAGAGAGACUGUUCUGAUGGUGUAUUUCUGCAGAUCUGUUCUAUGGUCAGAGAUAUGAAUGUCGGAGUCAGGGUGGAGGCUUUUACUGCCCUUGGAAAAUUUGCAUAUGUAUCUGAAGAUAUUUUAUUGCAGACCCUGUACAAAAAGGUCAAAACAGUUAAAGAGAAACAAUCAUUAGCCCUGUCUUGUUCAAAAUCACAUGAAAAUCAUGCUGCCGUUGCUGCUGGUGUAUUUAUUCACGGUGUUGAGGAUGAAUACAGUGAGGUACAACGGGCUGCCUGUAUAUCCUUGCGAGUGCUCCGUGACAUCUCUGGAGGGUUUGCUGUUGAAGCUGUUAAUAUAUUGAGCUAUGUUCUGAAUGAUGACUCUGUCGUUGCCAGGUUAGAGGCUUUGAAGACAAUCCAUCAUAUGGCAAUGUCUGAAUGUGUAAUGAUGCAAGAGGCCCAUGUAGAUAUGUUGCUUGGUACCCUUGUUGACAGGAGCUCCCAGAUAAGAUCCAGAGCCUUCGAUUUGCUUGGAUCAGUUAAAUUGCCUAGCUUGAAGGUGUCCAAAAUAACUGUUGAGAGCCUUUUUAGAAGUUUGGACAUUUACCCAAAGAGUGAAGCCGAAAUUUUCCGAACCUUAUUCAAUAUCGGUCACAAUCAUGGCGAAUAUGCAGUUAGCAUCAUCAAGGAACGUUAUCAUGAGAUCGAGCCUUCCAAUGAUGAAAAAUCUGGUUGUUAUAGUCCAAGAAUUGCUGGACUGCUAGUGUUGGCUAUUUCAGCUUCCCUCAAACAUGAAAAACACUUUUGUCAAAUUCCGUCAAGGAUAUUUUCGUAUGCAGCUGCAUACUUUGGGCGGAUUGCUUAUGCUCUUGGUGAUGUUCUGGAUAUUGAUUCCCUUUUGGCCUAUCUAUCUUUCUGUGGUGAAAGCCAUUUUAAGGUACAGUCUGAUAUCAGGACUCGACCAGACGUACUUCGAGCUGCAAAAGGUCAACAGGAAGCACCUAUGCAUGUCCUGAGUUCAAUGCAGCUUGUCCUUGCAACAGUGAAAAGGUUGUGGCAGCUGGUAAAAUGCGGAUGUACAAAUGAAGUGCUUAAGGCAUUAAGGUCUUGUAAAGAAUCUCUUGUGGCAAUAAGGGCUGGCUCUUUUGCAUAUGCUGGUUCACUUGCUUUUGCGUUUCAAUAUAUUUAUGUAGUGAAGCUUCUCACAAGGGUAUGGGGACACUAUGAGGUUUCCAGAAAUCGCCAAUUGUAUCAAACGGGUGACUUGGACUUACUACUUGGGAAACUUGACAAAGCGGUUCUAGCUCUCAGAUAUAGGUUUGUUGGGUUAAAUGAAGAUGUUGAGCUUCUUAUAAUGGAGCUUCUGCUUCUCAACUAUCUGCUGCAACUUUCAAGCUCUCACAUGCACUGCAAAACCUGGCAGAAAUUAUCUACUAUGGUUACUUCAGUGUGCCACUUGAGGAAUGCAAAAUCCAUCGAAUUUUCAGACUUUGUGAACCAUCUAGCAGAAUUAGCAUCAAAUGGAAGUUUCUCUCUUAAUUCAACUGGUGACCGUAUUCAAUUGAAAAAACUGCGCAAUUUGUUUAUGCUCAAGGACUUGGUACUCACUGAAGGAAUCAGACACAUAAAUGCAGAGCUUGUUGUUCUUGGCUUCGACACUGUAAGUCCUUUGCGCUUCAUCUCGGGAUUACCCGUCAGUAUACCCCUGGAUGUUACUCUAUAUAAUGUGACUAAUGAACAUAAGCUAUGGUUAAAGAUUGCGUUAGAUGACAAGGUAACAGAGUUUGUAUUUUUGGACGUCGAAGAAUAUGGAGGUCUUGAGAAGGCCAGCAGGCAGUUCAAGUUCGGCGUGCCUUGUUAUAGAACACCAAAAGCAGCUGCUUUCACAUUGAGGAUUAGUAUGGGUAUGGAAUGUGUGUCUGAGGAUUUGCAUUUGGUGAGAGGUCAUGGGGGGCCUAAACAUGCCCUAACUUAUAUUAGCCCGGAAAUUGAAGUUUAUUUUGUAAAUAUGAAUGCCGAUCAUCUCUUGAUAUGUUAAAUUGUAAAAGACUAUGGUCGUGAACAAAAAUGGUAAAACUCUGACUGUGCCAUAACAGAAUUUUAACUUUCACCAUGAACAGCAUAUUCUAAACACAACAUAUUAGAUUUGAAUCGAAAA